CAUUACGCAAGAGAAGUUGUAAAAAUUGUACCGGCGCUGGCAGCGGAGCGUGUCACGAACUCGCUCUGUAGUUGACAUCACUCAUUCGAAGACAAGUUGGGCUACAUGACACACUCACUGCUACAUUGCUGAACAAUUCACCAAUUAAUUACUUCCACAUCCAUACUCUCUAAGUUAAUCUCGUAGAAUAUCUCGGACAAGAUGCAAAGUGGAAACGGUGGUGUUAACACAAUCCCGAGCAAGGCUAUGAACGGACAACUCUUCCCACCGUGCCCGCCGCCCGUAAUGAACGGCGCUCCGCCACCGAUGAUAGACUGGCUGGCCCAGCCGGACGACGACACGGAGGGCCCCGUGGCAAAGCCGCCCAACACGGCAGGUGAAUCUAUGCCAGAAUUCGGCGCUCGUAUCAUGGAGACUGUCAACGCUGGCUUUAUAGCACUGUCUAUCGCGGUGGGCAAAGAGACAGGACUGUUCUCGGUAUUGGCAGGAUUUGAAGGUCAGCCCAAGACAUCGCAGGAAAUUGCCGAUGAGGCUGGCUUGAAAGAGAGGUACGUGCGGGAAUGGCUCGGGGCCAUGACGACCGGGCGCAUCGUCAACAUGGAUGCCAGCGGGAAGCGGUUCUUCCUGCCACCCCAUCGAGCCAUCUUCCUGACUACCCCGGGGCUGGGCUACGAGCUGACUAUCCUCGCGGCCGCUCUGCCCAUGCAAGGCAAGGUUUUCAACUACAUCAUCGACAGCUUUAAGCGAGAUGGCCCGAGAGGUAUUUCCUAUGAGCAUUUUGGUGACUUCCAUCGAUUUAUGAACGCCUGUUCGUUGAUCUGGUGGGAUCGUCAUCUCGUCUCCACAUUCAUUCCAUCGAUACCUGGACUCAAAGACAUGUUAGAGACGGGUAUUUCAGUACUUGACUUGGGCUGCGGUGAGGGCGGAGCCAGCUUGAUCCUGGGCAAGGCUUUCCCGCAGAGCUCGAUCGUGGGGGUGGAUCUCUGCAGCCACGCCGUGGCGGAGGCCAAGAAAGCCGCGACCGCCCAACAGCUGACCGGCAACGUCCACUUCGUGGAGAUGGACGCCCACGAUAUCCCAGACGACUGGGAGGGCCGCUUCCACUACGUCCUGGCCUGGGACUCCAUCCACGACAUGGCCCGACCGGAGAAGAUCCUGGAGCGGGUGCGCAAGGUCCUGGCCCCCGGCGGCCGCAUGUCCGUGCUGGAGGUCAACGCCAGAUCAGCAAUCGCCGACAACAUGAACAUGCCUUUCGCCUCCACCUUCUACACCAACAGCAUGUUCCACUGCAUGACGGUGCAGCUGCACGCCGGUGGGGAAGGGCUUGGAAACAUGUGGGGCCGCGAGAGGGCGGAGGAAACUCUACGGAGCGGAGGCUUCAAGGUGGAGACCUUCCCCUCACCCUUCGAGGGCUCUUUCAACUGCCACUUCCUAUGUAAACUGGAGAACGAAUGAACAGAGCCUGCGCCUGACCGAUUUAUAUUAAAAGUGGGAGUAUGCAAUACACAUGUGAUACAUCGGCUGAUUAUGUAGUAUGUUUCUUGAAAUUCAAUAAUUUACAACCACCGAAGAACCUAUUAUGAUGAAUAUCUUCUACAGUACAUUGUACAUAUAUUGCGAUGAAGGAUGUUGUGGAUGAGUUACCUGUCGUUCUUCAUUUCAAGAAUGAGUCCAAUAUGCCUACUUAUAACCGCAAGUCUUGGGCAAGUUUUAAUUAGGAUAAAGAUUUCACUCUUUGCGUAAAAAUGAAUUUUGGGCUUUUGGACCACACAGCAUGUCUCGUGGUCAUUUAUUAUGCUCCAACUGGGGAACCACCACCAACUUAAGCACAAAUUCUGUUGCCCGAAGUGAAAUUUGUCAAAUCUUACUGCUUGAAAUUUGGCAUCACUUCGUGUCUUUUCUAUCGCUAUACUUGCAGCAGAUGUUCAUUUCAUACCUCUUAAAAUGUUGGUAGAAAAGCCAGCUCUACGAUUGGUGUCAAUCACAGACAUAAACCACAGACGGACAACUCCUUUUCAAAACAACAGAGGGGUACCGUAGCCGAGACAGCACCCGAUUAAAUCCAAAAGCGUGGGCAAAUUCACCCAUCAAUAAAGGGAAUUUAAACACAGGUAAAGAAUUCCAGUCAUAAAAUGCUAUGAAGCCAUAUUCCGAUUGUGAAAACAAUCCUCUGUUUACUUAAUCUGGCCCAUGAAGAUUCGAAACAUUGUGGUUGCAACAUUUGAAAAUAAGACAGAGCAGUACAGAGUAAAAAAAAAGGGAGCGUCUUUUCAGAGCACAUGUAAACAAAUACAUGAAAUCUAAGUGCGUCACGCGCAAUUCGCACUGAGCACUCUGCCAUUUAUUUCGCCCACGGUUAUACGCGCAAGAUUGGUGGUCUAUUUGUUUAUAUGUCUGUGGUGUCAAUUCGGGCGAUUCACAAUAGU